AUGGCAAUUUUCAAUAUUCACAUGGCAUUUCACACAGGCGAAAAGCCUUUCAAAUGCACCAUUUGUGGGAGAUAUUUUACCUGGAAGUAUAACAUGGAGAGGCAUACAAGGACUCAUGCAGGGGAGAAGCCAUUCAGAUGCAAUACAUGCAGGAAAAUGUUUACCCAUGAGUCAAGUUUUCAAAGGCACAUAAGGACUCAUACAUGGCUGAAGCCAUUCAGAUGCACCAAUUGUGGAAAAAAUUUUACCCGGAAGUCACAUUUGCAAACACACAUGACGAUUCAUAUAGGGGAGAAACGAUUCAGAUGCACCACGUGCGGGAAAAUGUUUACCCGGAAGUCAAGUUUACAAACGCACUUCAGGAUUCAUACAGGGGCGAGGCCAUUCAGUUGCAGCACGUGUGGGAAAAUGUUUACUGACAAGUCAAAUUUACGAAUGCAUGUAAGGACUCAUACAGGGGACAAGCCGUUCAGAUGCACCACAUGCGGGAAAAUGUUUACCCAGAAGUCAAGUUUACAAAUGCACUUAAGGACUCAUACAGGGGAGAAGCCAUUCAGAUGCACGACGUGCGGAAAAAUGUUUACCCAUAAGUCCAAUUUACACAUUCAUGUAAGGACUCAUACAGGGGAGAAGCCAUUCAGAUGCACCACAUGUGGGAAAAUGUUUACCCAGAAGUCAAAUUUUAAAAUGCAUGCAAGGACUCAUACUGGGGAGAAGCCAUUUAGAUGCACCACGUGCGGGAAAAUGUUUACUAGGAAGUCAAAUUUACAAAGGCAUGUAAGGGCUCAUACAGGGGAGAAGCCAUUCAGGUGCUGCGAUUGUGGAAAUGGGUUCAACUCAAGAUGGCAUCUCAAACAACAUGUCAUGACCCACACAGGUUACAUCCCCGGAGCUGAGAGAGUGGCCUCUACAGCCAAUGUGAGAUCGUCAGUUCCACAGCCAAUAGAGGAUCAGCUGCAUGACCUGAAGCCAGGAGAUUGGGUGCUGAUAAAGGACCUAAAGAGAAAACAUUGGAGAAGCCCCAUGGACGGGCUCCCACCAAAUACUCUUGACCACACCCACAGCAGUGAAAGCCACUGCAAGAAGGUGCCAUCACUGGAGACAGAGGUCCAGGGUGAGAGACCCGCUCUGCUCACAAGUGAAGAAGAGAAGAAGACGUGGCCAGUUCUCAUUGAGGUUUAA